CAAUAAUAUCCCAACAGACGGCUCUGUGUAUCCAUAUUUAAUAUAGAAUGUUUGGUAACAAGACCAUCACAGAAAUUUCUCUACUGGGUUUUAGGAUUUGUGGACCUUGUAAUCCCAUCUUUUUUGCUUUGUUUCUGAUGGCAUAUUUAAUAACUUUAACCGGUGAUUUCCUCAUUAUUACACUUGUCUCUACAAGCCAACGGCUACAAUACCCCAUGUUUUACUUUCUCAAACAUCUUUCCAUCUCUGAAAUUUUGUUUACCACUAAUAUUACCCCAAACAUGCUUCACGUCUUAUUGAGAAACGGUAGCGUCAUGUCUCUUGCAGGAUGCAUUAUUCAGUUCUAUGUCUAUAUUGCCUCGGGCAGUGUAGAGUCUGCUCUUCUUACAAUAAUGUCUUAUGAUCGGUACCUGGCCAUCUGUAACCCUUUGAGAUAUGCAGAGAUAAUGAACCUCCAGUUAUGCAGAACUCUCGUUUCUAUGACCUGGUUUCUUUGUUUUACGGUCGUCUUAACAACCGUAAUUCUUCUAUGUCAGCUGGAAUUUUGUGGGCCCAACACCAUUGACCAUUUCUUUUGUGACUUUGAUCCUCUCGUGGACCUUUCGUGUUCAGACACCUUCGUGGUGAGAACAGAAGUUGUAAUUCUCUCCGUCCCUGUGGUGGCCUCCUCAUUUUCGUUCAUCAUCUGGACAUACAUAUAUAUUUUUAUCACCAUCUUCAGGAUUUCCUCUUCUGCUGGGAGGCAAAAGGCCUUCUCCACUUGUAGCUCACACUUGGCUUCAGUAUGUUCAUAUUAUGGUCCUCUGAUUGUAAUAUAUCUGGUACCUUACCAAAGAAACUCUAUUAACACCAACAAGUUCUUAUCAAUUCUGUAUACUGUACUGACCCCAUUGUUUAAUCCAUUAAUUUACAGCUUAAGAAAUGAGGAACUUCGUCUUGUCUUAUGGAAAUGUUUGAGACUGGGCACAACAGUUUAGGUGUAUAGCAGUGCAAAACUAAGGUCAUCUUUACAUGAUAACAAAAAAGAGAGCAGAGGUUUUGAGGCAACUUUGGACUUUCAUGGCACGAUAAAGACUCACAUAAGCGAUAUAUACAAAAAUAUUACAUUUAUUAAGAGAAAACACAGAAUUAAAAGUAGUCCUUUAGAGCGAGGAUACAGAAUACAUCAUUUUAUAUCUCUGAAAAAGGAACUGUAAACACAGAUGUGAGGGUUCCGAACCUCAAAGGGGUUCAAGAUGGAUUUCUACUGCUGUUCCGAAUUGUAAAGUGGAGAUGUACGUGCACGCAGGGAGUAACACACUGAGGCCUCGUACACACGAUAGGUUAAA